CCUGAGGCUUCUAGAAGGCUGAGGGGUCCCAGGUGGGGCUCGGGGAAGGGCGGAGACCCGGGGCGGGCCCAUGCGCGCCCGCGAUUGGCGCGCGGGGCGGCGGGGGCGGUAAAGGGAGGGGGCCGCCAGGGAGAGCGAGCGCAGGCGGGCGCCGAGCGCGGGGCCGCGCGCGGACCGGCGCCUGGUUUCCCCGCGGCCCCAGCAUCAUGAACGCCAGCGGCGCGGGCUACCCGCUCGCCUCGCUCUACGUGGGCGACCUGCACCCCGACGUGACUGAGGCCAUGCUCUACGAGAAGUUCUCGCCCGCCGGCCCCAUCCUGUCCAUCCGCGUGUGCCGCGACGUGGCCACCCGCCGCUCGCUGGGUUACGCCUAUAUCAACUUCCAGCAGCCGGCCGACGCGGAGCGGGCACUGGACACAAUGAACUUUGAGGUGAUCAAAGGCCAGCCCAUCCGCAUCAUGUGGUCCCAGCGAGACCCAGGACUUCGCAAGUCGGGUGUGGGCAACGUCUUCAUCAAGAACCUGGAGGACUCCAUCGACAACAAGGCCUUAUAUGACACCUUCUCCACCUUUGGGAACAUCCUCUCCUGCAAGGUGGUGUGUGACGAUCACGGCUCCCGAGGCUUUGGCUUUGUCCAUUUUGAGACCCAUGAGGCUGCGCAGCAGGCCAUCAGCACCAUGAACGGGAUGCUGCUGAAUGACCGCAAAGUCUUCGUUGGCCACUUCAAAUCCCGACGGGAGCGAGAGGCGGAGCUGGGGGCCCGGGCCACGGCGUUCACCAACAUCUAUGUGAAGAACCUCCCGGGGGACGUGGACGAGCGGGGCCUGCAGGAUCUGUUCUCCCAGUUUGGGAAGAUGCUGAGUGUGAAGGUGAUGAGGGAUGACAGCGGCCACUCCCGGGGCUUUGGCUUUGUCAACUUUGAGAAGCAUGAGGAAGCCCAGAAGGCUGUGAUGGACAUGAACGGGAUGCAGGUGAGUGGGCGGCUGCUCUACGUGGGCCGGGCCCAGAAGCGGGGGGAGCGGCAGAAUGAGCUGAAGCGCAGGUUUGAGCACACGAAGCAGGACCGGCUGAACCGCUGCCAGGGCGUGAACUUGUAUGUGAAGAACCUGGAUGACUCCAUCGAUGAUGAGAAACUCAGGAAAGAGUUCUCUCCUUACGGAGUGAUUACCAGUGCCAAGGUGAUGACAGAGGGUGGCCACAGCAAGGGGUUUGGCUUUGUGUGUUUUUCCUCUCCAGAAGAGGCGACGAAGGCUGUGACAGAGAUGAACGGGCGCAUCAUCGGCACCAAGCCACUGUACGUGGCGCUGGCCCAGCGCAAAGAGGAGCGGAAGGCCAUCCUUACCAACCAGUACAUGCAGCGCCUCUCCACCAUGCGGGCCCUGGGCGGCCCCUUCUUGGGCUCCUUCCAGCAGCCCACCAGCUACUUCCUGCCCGCCGUGGCCCAGCCUCCAGCCCAGGCUGAGCACUAUGGCUCAAGCCCAUCCAGGCAGCCUGCCCCCAGGUGGACGGCCCAGCCACCUAGACCCUCGUCUGCCUACCCUCCAGCUGCCUCCAUGGUCCGGCCACCAGCCAUGUCUCGGCGUCCCCUGGCCCAGGUCAGCAGUGUCAGGCAGGCCUCUACCCAGGUGCCAUACCUGGUGCCCCACACCCAGAGAGUGGCCAACAUUGGUACCCAGACCCCAGGACCUGGUGGGGCAGGAUGCUCGACACCAGGCAGGUCUCUCCCGACACACAGAUAUUUCUUGGCAACGCCCAACACGCAUGAGGUCCAGGAGCCUGCUGUGCGUAUCCUGGGACCGGAGCCCCUGACCGCGUCCAUGCUGGCUGCUGCACCACUGCACCAGCAAAAGCAGAUGAUUGGUGAGCGUCUCUACCCCCUUAUCUACGAAGUCCACACCCAGCUGGCUGGUAAGAUCACGGGCAUGCUGCUAGAGAUCGACAACUCGGAGCUGCUGCUCAUGCUGGAGUCGCCGGAGUCCCUCAAUGCCAAGGUAGAAGAGGCUUUGGCAGUGUUGCAGGCACACCAGGCCAUGGAGCAGACAAAAGUGAAUGUGCACUGAAACCAGAAAAUGGAGUCCUCACGCCCUUGGCUGACAAGAGAAUAGCGGUCCUGCUCUUGGCUCUAAGGCUCUGUGAGCUGUAACUUAUUUCCCAGUUGGGCUGUAUCUGUCCUUGAGCUCUGUAUGUGGAAUGAAGGCUGGUCACCCAGCCAGCCUAUUACCUUUUGCGUUGUGCAUUAAAAGUGCUGCAAACUCUGGCUUGUCUCCCCGGAGGCCUUCUUGCGUCUGAGGGAGGUGGGGCAGAAUGAAGGAUAGACCUGACUGAGCUGGGUUUGGCUCUAAGGAACAGAAACCCAAAUGCACGCUGAAGUACAGAGGGUGGGUGCACCGGAACAGACCUCCAGGGACUGAGCAGGACUGUCUGCAAUGGCCCCAAAGGAGUGCGACCACCCACCAACAGUGCAGUGGAUGACAAAAUGGCUGUCAUCACACAGCAAGGAGAAAACAAACUAAAGCUCCUGGUGCCUACAUCUGGAUGCCGACUUGAGCACCGUAGGGCAGGUAGACACCCCGGAAGCAGCAACUGCUUCUGGGCUCUGGGCCGGCUGACUGAGGGGUUGUGUAACAUAGUUAAAGAGCCCUGGUAGAAAUGCUUUAGGAUACCUUCCCAGCUCAGGAUUUCCUUCCCCUACAGAAAGGAAAAGCCUCUUCAGGUUAUGCUGGUCUCACCUUCUGUGUUUUCAUUAGUACAAGAUACUUGCCUCGCAGACCUAGAAGAGAAAGUCAGUUGG